CUAGGUAAGUAUGAGGCUUGUCUAGUUUUCAUCAUCCAUCAACAUGCACAAGUUAAUGAAGUUCUACAAAAAUUCCCAGUAGAGAGACUCUGAGUUAACCCAACUGGAGAACCUCAUUCCCAAGAAUGAGAUGGACCAUCUGAACGAACCUCGAUGGAUUAUAUCAAGAAGGUAAGCCUCUUUACUCAUAAGAAAAAAUAUCUUGGAGCUUCGAGGAGAUGGAACUUUAGAAAUAUUAAAAGUCUUGAGUGAAAAUUUUUCUAGUCUUAAAAAUUAUUCUGAACAAAAUAUUAUGAAAGAGAAUCUUAACAUCUAUAUUUGCAUUGAACAAGAAUUAACGAAAAUUAAGACUGCGUUUGAAUCAAGAAUUGAGACAGAAACACAUUGUCAUUACUAUUUUGGGUUCAGAGUCACUUUUGAGUUUAAUGUUGCCAUUCAUUUUAUAUGAAAAUUUCCUAAAUUUUCAAAUACUCUUAUCGUUUUUAAUGUGUCAGGCAUAAUCAUGUCUCUGUUUUUAUAG